UCAUGCCUUUUGGCCUCACCAACGCCCCGACGACMUYUCAAGCGGCAAUGACCAAUGAGUUUCGUGCAAUGUUGGACCGGUUCGUGCUGGUCUACUUAGACGAUAUUCUCGUCUAUAGCCAGUCAUUGGAGGAUCAUCUUGGGCAUCUUCAACGAGUGUUGGAGACGCUCCGCCGCGCCAAGUACAAGGCCAACCGUGACAAGUGCGAAUUUGUCCGGCAAGAGCUGGAAUACUUGGGCCAUUUUGUCACACCGGAGGGCAUCAGUCCGCUAUCGGACAAGAUUCAAGCCAUCCAAGAGUGGCCGGAGCCUCGGAACGUCACGGAUGUCCGCUCGUUCCUUGGUCUCGCCGACUACUAUCAGCGUUCCAUGAAAGGUUACUCGAAGAUCGCGGCCCACUUGACCAAGCUUCAAUGCGAGGAUCGGUCGUUCGACUUCCAGGAGGAGGCGCGGGAAUCAUUUUUGGCUCUCAAAGCCGCGCUAUUGUCUGCGGAGGUCUUGCGGAUAUACGACCCGCUUUUGCCUACGCGCGUCACGACGGAUGCGUCAGGCUAUGGCAUUGUUGCAGUCCUCAAGCAACAUGAUGGGGUGGACUGGCGUCCGGUCGACACCGUCGCUCGGUGGAUGGCUUUCAUCGACCAAUUCGACUUCUUUCCCGAUCACAUUCCCGGGAAGUCGAACUGUUUUGCGGAUGCUCUUUCACGGCGUCCGGAUCACUGUACCGCGCUCUACUCAACCUUCGAGAUCGACAAUGACCUGCGGAACAGCUUCAUCCGCGGCUACCAAGCCGACCCCGAGUUUCGUGACAAGUACGCAAAUUGCUCCUCUCCUAAUCCGGCGCCUUCUCACUACCGGAUCCAAGAGGGGUACUUGCUUGUCCACACGCGGGGGAAGGACCUCCUUUGCGUACCCAGUGAUCCUCACUUGCGUACACGGCUUCUUGGCGAGUUCCAUGAUGCCCCCUCCACCGGACACUUUGGAGUCAAUCGCACGAUUGGCCGACUUCGCGAGCGAUUUUGGUGGCCCGGCCUUCUCGGCGACGUCACGCGCUAUUGCGAGUCAUGCGAGGUUUGUCGACGCUGCAAMUCCCRCAACCAUCGUCCGUACGRCGRGUUACGACCAUUASCGSUCCCGUUGAGGCGAAGGGAAGCGAUUGCCAUGGACAUUWCCGCCCCGUUCCCCAAGCACAAGACCGGAGUGGAUGAGRUUCUCACKGUGGUCGACCGACUCACCAAGUUCGCCAUGUUUUUGCCUUGUCGCUAUCAUGCCAAGGCACCGGAGUUGGCCGAGCUUCUCUACGCCGGUUGGAUUCAAACCAAGGGUUACCCCAAGGAGAUCGUCUGUGACCGCGACACCCGGUUCAUGUCCGAUUUUUGGUUGGCACUCAUCAAGCGAUGGGGCUCAUCUCUCAAGCCCAGUUCAACUCGCCACCCUCAGACCGAUGGCCAAAUGGAGAGGGCGCACCAGACCGCACAGGUUCUCCUUCGCACUCUCAUUUGUCCUGACCAGAAGGACUGGGUUGAGCGGCUACCGGAUGUCGAGUUGGCCUACAACUCUUCCAUCCACCCAGCUAUCGAGAUAUCGCCUUUCGAGUUCGAGCACAGCUCGCUGGUCACUUCACCGUUGGACACUAUUACUCCACGGACGACCGAGAGCGACGACCAUCUUCUUUUCUUGCGUCGGAUGCAAGAGCUUCUUGUCAAGGCAUGCGACCGGAUGGCUAAGACGCAGCAGCGCAUGAGCCAGCAUGCAAAUCGCCAGCGUCUUCCUUGCCCAUUCUGCGUCGGCGACCUCGUAUGUGUGUCCGCAGUGGAAUUCAGCCUUGAACAAGACAUCUCUCGCAAGCUCCUCCCGAAAUGGAUGGGGCCUUGGCCGAUCGUGGCACCCGCUGGGUACGCACCUGAGGGACCUUCCUUCACGAUUCAGGUGCCCGCCCACUUGUCCGUCUACCCAGUCUUUCAUUGCUCCAAGUUGGCUCUUUACACGCCAGCGGAACAUGACGAUUUUCCCGGGAGACGUUCGCAAGACCCACCCUCCAUGGAUGGCUUUCAGGAGGUCGGCGACAUCAUCUCCCAACGAUGCUACGACAACAGGCCAACCGAGUACUUAGUGCAUUUUGCAUACUGCACACACCGAGCUGAUUGUUGGUUGACCCGUGCGGAACUUCAAGCAACAGCUCCAGACGUUCUCGCACGCUACGAACGUGAGAUACAAGGCAAGCCGGUUUCUUCGGUUCCACGCCACGCCCGCGUCCAGGUUCCACCUUCAGAUCGUCGGCUCCGCCCUCGCCCCGGCUUGACUUCAUAAGUAGGGGGGGGUGUUACAUGCUGCGCCUGCACACGA